AUGGCCACCAAUGUCGAACCCCUGCCUGUGCCCAUUGAACAACCUUACGAAUUCAAAACCGAAUUUCACCCUUACAGUGGUCGUCAAACACUCUAUCAAUGCUUCGAGGAGUUCGGCAUCACUCCUGAGACGCAAGCGCUUCCUGCAGAGCAAGAACCAUGGCAUCCAUUCCAAUCAUGCGCAGAUUUCGAGUUCUCUGAAAUCGCUCUCGAUGCUGCUCUCAACAAGAACCAAAUUGACCGGCUGCUCAACCUCAUGGCCCAAAUAUCACAGGGCCAAGCUAAAAUCAUGCUGAAAAACGAGUCUGAUUUGUGCAAGGCAUUGGACAAUGCUGCGGCUGAGCUGACACCGGUGUUCUUCGAGGUACAUGUGCGUCCCUUAUGGGACUGGGCUCUCAAUUUGUUGGAUAACCCACUGUUAGCACCACAUUUUGUUUGGGACGCGCAGCGUGUCUACAAACAUGAUGGUACGGACUUUGUACGCUUCUUUGAUGAGCCGUGGACAGGUGACCGGUGGUGGGACAUCCAAUCUCGCCUCCCACAAAACCUUGAUGCCGCCCCCUUCUGUUUCAUACUGUAUGCUGACAAGACUAGGCUCUCUUCGCAUGGCACUGUCAAAGGGUACCCAGUUGUGGCGUGUUGCGCAAAUCUACCUGUCCACAUUCAAAAUGGCGAGGGGAUUGGUGGCGGUCGGGUUCCCGAAGAUGCUUCUGAAGAAGGGAAACUCGGAUACACUACCAUGAAGCAUGUUGUAUGGCACGAGUCAUUCGUCAAGCUUCUCGUCAACCUUGACCAAUUCUCGAAGACCGGGUAUUCAUAUUCGUGCUACGACAAGAUCUUAUGCUGGUUGUUUCCCGUCAUACUGAUUCUUUCUGGAGAUUACGAGGAACAAUGCAUGAUGUCGCUUAUACGUGGUUUACAAUGCAAAUGCCCAUGUCCAGUCUGUCUCGUCCCUCUUGACGAGCUUCACGACCUGUCGAAGACGUUUCCAAUUAGGUCUGCGAAAGAUGCGCAGGCCGCACUCAACAUUUACAAACAGAACCGAACUCAAGGUGAGGAAGUUUUGAAAGGGCUGGGAUUGCGCCCUGUUGCAAAUGUUUUGUGGCUUGUCGAGAAUUCCGAUCCUCACGAGGCAUUGAGCCUGGACGACUUGCACACUCUGCACGGUGGUACAGGAGGGGUACAUUUACUUGGAGAGUUGAAGACGAUUCUCGCUGAUCUUGGACGUCAGGCACAGGACGAUUUGGAAACACAGGUCUCUGAGUUCCCUCGAUGGCAUGCUCUCACCCAUUUCACUACCGUCAUCCAUAUCACCUUUAGUGAUGGCAACAAGAGGCGGGACUUGGUCAAGCAAGUGUUUUAUGCGGCACUCAGUGUUUUAAAGCGCCAAGUCAGUUCAGAAGGCUACCGCCUUCUUCAUGUCAUUCGCAGUUACCUGCAAUUGGAUAGUUUGAUCAGGCUCGAUGUCCAUACAGAACGGACACUUGAAAUGAUAGACGCUGAAUUCCUCGUCUAUGAUGCUGCACUCAAGGACUAUGUUGAAUAUGCCACGACGAAAUCCUCCAUUGAGGACAUCAAGACAGACUGGAACUUUCCCAAGACACACCUUUGGAAACACGCACGACGGGACAUUGAAUCAAAAGGUGUGGCACGUAACUAUAGCACAUGCCCAAAUGAGAAGCUCCAUGGCCCACUGAAAGUGGCCUAUCUUCAUCAAUCCAAUGGAAAGGACGUUGCUAAGCAGCACCGCCUGCAAGCCUUAGGAGGUGACGACGAUGCACUCGGUGAUGAGGACCAUGUCGAUCACACCAAUCAUAAUGGACAUUUCAAGCUCGGCUCCCCUCAAAGUUGUGCCGUUACCAUUCAGGACAUCGAGAACAGGCGCGGUGCUCAGGACACAGUGUUUCAAGGCUUUCGCAGGAAGUUUUCUAAUUUUGUCAACAUAUCAUUGCCUAUGUAUGGAUUCCACUUGACGAGAUGGAUUACUAUUCCGGUUGAUUUCCAGAUUCAUGAAUACCGCUACCUCAGGCUCAAUUAUGAGAGUACCAUCAACUGGAAACAGUCAACAGACCACCUCUGGUCCAAUCCCUCUUUCCAUGGGUCUCCACGCUUUGAUUGUGCACUCAUAAAGCUUACUGCGGAAAAAAAUGUCUUUGUUAAGAUCAUACUAAUGUUUCAAUGUAAUGUUCCAGAUGUUGCCGGCACCUUCCAACUUGCACUUGUUCAACCAUACACUGCUGGCAUUCCUGUCGGUGGCGCUCGCAGAAUCGACAAAGAUUUAAGGCUCAAUCGAGUCAAAGCUGUUCCUCGAGGAGAUUCAAUAUUCGUACCUUUGAAGUCCUUUAUCCGAGGAGCGGUUUUGGCCCGUGAUCCAGAGCACCGAGACGAGUUUUUGGUUGUUGAGCAUAUUGAUAGUGACAUGUUCCUGCGCAUGAAGGCAUGGGCAUGCCAAUGA